AUGGAGCGCAUGAAUGAAGGUUAUCCUGGACAGACGACUAACCCUAAGAUGUACGAUAAAAGCUUGCCUGGUCAGCACUAUUAUUUAUCGCCGUAUUUAAAUAGUGAUGGCGAUGAUACUUCAUCGACUGGUCAACGAUAUCGAGAUGGACAAGUUGUAGAGCUUACGUUGUUUGCUCUUCAUAAUAUAACCUUAUUUCCUGGACAAAUACUACCAUUUCGUGUUGCUGAAUUUAUGAAUAUUGACAUUGAAAUUGACGAGUUUCUAUCAGGAGAGCAAAGCAUAGGACUAGUUACAUGUAAUCAUAUUUUAGAUCGACAAAAUGAUCGCCAUGUCGAUGCUUUAUCACUCUAUGGUGUUACCGCAGAUGUCCAAUCAUUCCAAAUUGGCUCAGAUCGUUGUCUAGUUGGUUUACUCAUUGGGCGCCAGAAAUUUGUCACACUUCAAGUUUCACAAGUCGAGGGCGAACUCUUUGCGACAGGCAAGGUCAAGAUUCUACAAGAUCCACAAGAGCCAACUGCUAACGAUCAUUUAGCUAUGGCUAAUACCAUACUUGCCCAACCUCGUCCUAACUUAAGUUGCUGGCCAAUAUGGGUUUAUAGAUUAUAUGAUAAAACUACCUUACGAAAGAAAAUCAAGAAACAAAUUUCAGGCUGGUUCGACAACUCACACCAAAUAUUUCAAAAUAAUAUUGGUUGUGAUCAAUUCUCUAUCAAUGUGGCUUCCCAGUUACCUGUACCUAUUCUAUGGAGAUUAAAUCUACUUAGCAUGGAUGAUAUAAUAAACAGACUACGCACGAUACUUGGUUACUUAAAUCGUUACAGCGAGCUUUGCUGUCAACAAUGUCAAGCAGUCAUUACUCGUUAUGCCGAUGUAAUUAGUAUGUCAUCAGUUGGACCAUUAGCAAUUUACGUCGAUUCUGGUGGGCAACAGUAUGAAACUGUAACAACCAGUCAGGUCGUAAAUACUUCGUGGAGUAGUGAAGAGGCUACCCAUCAGUCUUGGUUUCCAGGCAUAAUCAGCACAGUAUUAGUUGAUUGUGUAUUAAAUGCUCCAAAUAUGGAUACCAAAGAUCGUUUAAAUGUAAAGACCUUGCAAGAAUAG